AUUGAGUUGCUCAACAGAAACACUGGUCUGUAAGAGGGGAAGUUCAGCAUGUGCAUUUCUAAGAAGGCUGCUUGGUGUACGCAUUCUUCCGAGUCAUCAGAAGCUCCAGGAAACAUUUAAGUCAGAAUUCUCCAAGCAGACGCAAGACACCCGUGAAAGCUAAGUAAGUGAGAAGCGGCGUAACUGAGCCCCAUUAGGGGCACCCACCUCUUCAGGAAUAACAAAGGAAGAAGACUGAAACAAAGCCCUGUUUUCAUUCUGAUGUAGCCAGUGCUGGAGACAUACCUGAAGAUUUCAAUGUGUGUGCCGUACACAGAGGUUUCCUCCUAGGUUUCUUGUAGCCAGUGUGCUGGGGAAAAUGAAGUGGAAUUGCCUAGUUCCACUCAUGAUUAUCUUAGUUAUUAAGCUAAUAGGCACUUCACUGUUCCUUCUCUAUGCUUCACAGAUUUUCUUCCAAGAAGUCCCCGUUCUCACCCCAUCAGGAGUAAAAGAUGGCUGCCCCAUAAGAUGGGUACUUUAUGCGGGCAAAUGCUACUUCUUUUCUGCCCAGGAAAAAACAUGGGAUGAGAGCCAGGAGAACUGCGCUCAAUCAAAUUCUCAUCUUGCCGUUGUCAACAACAAAGCAGAAUUGAUGUUCCUAUUGAACAGAACAAACCAUUUGGAGUAUUUCAUUGGCUUAACGCAGCAAGGUUCCAAGGGACCGUGGAGAUGGAUCGACAACACAGCGUAUGACCCUGACGUAUUGAAUGUCAAAAGUAGAAUUUAUGACUGCGCUGUGCUUGGAUUGCACAUGGUCACUUCAGCCCCUUGCUCUGUAGUAAACCGCUGGAUUUGUGAGGAGAAGGCCUAGGAGUUCUCCUCUGUAUGGGAGAUUCUCAGCAAUGUGGAAUUAAGAUUCUUCACUCUGCUAAGGAACUUUGGACCUGAUUCGGCUCUUGUUACGCAUAACCAGGAACCCUGGAAAGGGAGGCGUGUUCUCUCACACAGGAAGACUUUUAUCCAGCCAAAUAUAUGAAUGGCCCAAUAAACACUGCAAAUACCAUAUUUUUCUGUGUAUAACACACUCCCAUGUAUAAGACGCCCCUUAUUUUGAGGGACUCCCAAAUUAAGAAAGGGGGGGGAGAUCGUCUGACCCCUCGCCAGCAGAAGCUGCCAAUUGCCCACCCAAUUGCCGCAGCGACAGCCAAUCAACACCAGCCCUUGCCACAGCCACCAAUAACACGCCCAAUAGCCGCUGACAAUCUCCGGCUCGCAGCAGCAGCAGCCAAUCCCAUGUCCCCCCUAUGCACUAUCCAUGUAUAAGAUGACCCCCAAUUUUUAACAUAAUUUUUAAUGGGGAAAAGCUUGUCUUAUACACGGACAGUAUACUUCCAGUUGCACUUCUGCAUUGACAUAAAGGAGCCACAAGUGUGUAAAUCUGCUUGUGUCUUUCGAUCUUCCUUCCCAGACUGGAAGACCAGUGGUUCCAGAACUAUGCGCUGUAUGGGUCAUGCAAAAGUUACUAUUGUGCUGGGGGGGGGAAUCAAUUCAUUGUCCUGGGAUUCAUCGGAGGGAUACUGGACUAGUGGACGUACACUGGCAGAGCUUCAUGCUUUGGCACCAGGGGCGGGGCUGGCACGCGUUCUGGGGGCGGGGUGUCCGCACGGGCUGGGUGCAGCCGCAAUGGCGCCCUCGGGAUCGCGCUGCCCGGGACGGAGCACCCCCAUCGCCCCUCCCUUCCUACGCCCCUGUGGACAUAGAUCCUACAUGCCUUGUUGGUGGCCACAUAACUGAUCUUGCCGCACUGGGGGGGGGGGCUCAAACAAUUCCCCCUGUUGCUUGUUGGUCAGGUGAUCUCUCUUGUCUUGCCACAUGUGAAAGAUACUUUCUUCUACUCAGAAAAGAGGGUUCAGGGAGUUUAGAGAACAAGACUACGGUAUAUCCCUUUCCUGAGACCAGCCAUGCAAUAAAACCUCAAUAUCCACUUCUGCUAACCGCUCAACACAGAACUUCCUUUAUUUUGGGACAGAACAUUCUCUUCCGCUGUUGGAGGGGGGAGUCCUUUAUUUGUCCAAAAACCGCUACUGUUUUGGAAGAUUACCAAAUAAUAGCUUACUGUGUUAGCAAAACACACUAAUUAUUGUAAUGCAUCUUAUAUCCGAAGAGAUAAACAAUUAGUAUAUGACUGUUGACACCUGAAGUUUUUAAUGUUUGAUGUUUUGAAGGCAGCCCUGUAUUGGGAAGUUUUUAAUGUUUGAUGUUUUGCUGUGUUCUUUUAUAUUCAGUUGGAAGCUUCCCACAGUGGCUGGGGCAACCCAGUAAGAUGGGCAGGGUACAAAUAAAUUAUCAUCAUCAUCAUCAUCAUUAUAAUUUUCUACAUGCACAUAUUUUCCAUGCUGGUUGGCCUUGCUAGAAGAAACUGUUGAUUUAAUUCAGCCUCUUAUUUAUAUUGGAAUGAGGGAGAUCAGAGGCAAAAGAGGAAACAUGACUUUGGCCUUAGGAAGCUGUGUUAUAUGGAGUCAAGCCACUGGUCCAGCUAGCUCAGUGUUGUCUUCACUGAUUGGCAGUGGCUUUCAAGGGUUUCAG